AUGACGGCGUCCAAUUUGUACCGCAAAAGGACUCCCUCAACAUCUGGCAACACGCAGGCAUCCGAUGACAGCGACUCGAAGGAAGUGUUGAUGGAUGCUAUAUUGGAUAGGCUCCAUUCACGGCUGUCCCAUCUGCUUAAUCGACCACCAAUUGAUUUUGACUUUUUGGAGUUUACCUGUACCCAGGAGUUAGUUUUUUUAAAUGCACUCUCAAGUCAGGAAAAUUUUCCACAUGCUGUAAUGGAGGGACUCAGAGAGGUUAUUCAGAUUAUUGGUGAGAUUAACCACAGCCAACAGUGUACUCACAACACUGUGAACUUUGAAUAUGGCAAGGUUAGGUGGCCAAAAGUACUGUUACCAGAAGAACGUCUUAGGGAUCUAAUUGCCAUGUCUCUACCAGUGCCCUGCAUUGCAAAAUUGCUAGGAGUGAGCACAAGGACCAUACAACGGAGAAUGUCAGAAAUAGGGUUGGCAGUGAGAGACACAUACAGUAGUGUUUUGGAUGAGGAGCUGGAUGCAUUAGUGUCAACAGUAAAAUCCAGACACCCUUAUGCUGGAUAUAGAAUGGUGAAGGGUUUGCUGCAGGCUAUGGGGCAUAGAGUGCAGUGGGAAAGGAUCCGGGCAUCCAUGCACCGAGUUGAUAGUGCAGGCAUUAUUUCUAGACUGACACAGUUAGGGUGUGUUGUUCGUAGGACAUAUUCUGUGCCCAGCCCAGGAGCAUUGAUGCACAUUGAUACCAACCACAAGCUCAUAAGAUACAACAUUGUGAUAUUCGGGGGUAUCGAUGGCUUUUCUAGAAAGAUCAUGUGCCUAGAUGUUGCAACCAAUAAUCUGGCUUCAACCACCCUGUACUUUUUCCAGCGUUCUGUUCAAAAAUUUGGUCUUCCACUUCGGGUCAGGGGAGACCAAGGGGUUGAAAAUGUAAAUAUAGAAAUUUAUCAAAAAAGUUUGAAAACCACUGCAUUUAACAAUUUAUUCAGUGCAGUGCAUUUGUAACUAAACAUUUAAUACAUUACCAGAAUAGAGAGGCUCUGGAGAGAUAUCUGGGUUGCAGUCACAAACAUCUACUACAGUGUGCUUCAUCAGUUGGAGGAAGAAGGGCAGCUGGAUAUGUCGAAUCGUAUGCAUCUUUUCUGUUGUCACUAUGUGUUCAUUCCACGACUGCAAGCUCAUCUGGACACCUUUCGCGAUGGAUGGGACAAUCACCCUCUAAGUACAGAGGGAAAUCUGACUCCAAAUCAGCUGUGGGAGCUGGGAGGACAUCAGGUCUUGAGUCUUCCAGAAAAUGAGGUGUUGUAUGUUAUAUGA